AUGGCUGGUCCUUCCCUUUCAGUGACGGAUGAUAGUUUUUGCACCAUAUACAGAAGAGAUAGAUCCCGAAAAUCCGGAUGCUUUUGUCGAAAACGAGACGUAUGGUGGGGUGAUUUGGAGAACACCGUUGAACAUGAUCCAUUCAACGAGGCCAAAGCCGCUGCCUUGUCUGCUAUACUUUUCACCCCCGAGGAGCGAUUAUUUUGGAUGAGAGCUAUGAACCGUAGAACACAACGAGUACCUAACACGCGGAUAAGUGGAGAUAGACCAGAUAUUAAUCCAAGGUGGUGGAUUGACGAGCAGAUGGUCCAAGAUGAGGAGCAGUUGAAAGACUACCACGAACUAUUGCGAUUACAGAUGGCGCGGAAGCAGUUGUACGCUGAACUAAGUGUUGUAAAUGACGAGGACGGUGUGACGGAUGAUGACCUAGAUGAAUACGCCUCAGAAAUGUUUGGUCAGUAUCAUCGC